AAACCGCUACCGGCGACCGGCGCGCCGCUGUCUUUGGUAUUUUGAGCUGUCAAAUUGUCAAAGUUCGUUAUAUUUUCUUCGCCUCGCCUUGUUCGUCGUGUUUGUGUGGUGUUUGUCCACCAGAUUUUCAACUUUUAAGCUGUCUAGAAGUUUAGUUUUAUUAAUUUCUUGAAAAUGGCUGAAUUACCUUACCAAGCAGAGUAUGCUAAAACGGGGCGAGCCGGUUGCAAAGGGUGCAAACAGAAAAUUGAUCAAGGAGUGUUAAGAAUCGCGGUUAUGGUGCAGUCCGCGUUUCACGAUGGGAAACAACCUAACUGGCAUCAUGAAGAGUGUUUCUUCAAAAAGGCACGACCGAAGAUCGUGAGCGACAUCGGGAAUUUUAAUAAACUGCGCAAUGAAGAUCAAAAGAGGAUCAAGGAGUCAAUUGAAAAUAUAACUGGCAUAGUGUUGCCGGUAGAAAAAGGCAAAGGUAAAGGCAAGGGAAAGAAGAGAGCCGCUGGGGAUGCUUCUGCCGCUGCAACUCUUGCAGCACUCAAGGAUUUCUGUGUAGAGUACUCCAAGUCAAGCAGAGCUACCUGUCAACAUUGUGAAAUUAAGAUUUGUAAGGAUGAAGUGCGUAUUUCGAAAACUGUGUAUGACACAGAAAUUGGUCAGAAGUAUGGUGGGCAGCCACUAUGGCACCAUGUCAAGUGCUUCGCUGAGGCUCGGGCCAACCUACUCUACAUGGCAGGUGGGGAGGACCUGCCUGGGUUCAAGACCUUGAAGAAGGAAGACCAGAAAAUGGUUAAGGAGACAAUUAAACCCCUGAAAGGUGAAGAAGUACCAAUAAAGAAACUAAAAGCAGAACCAAAGGACGAGAAAGAGUUAAAAGAAGAAAAAGAAUUAGCUAAGAAGCUGGAAUCGCAAAACAAACUGUUUUUCAAGUACAGGGAUGCCUUGCAAGAUUACAAAAAGAAUGAUAUCCAUGAAAUUCUGGAGGCUAAUGACCAAAAGGUUGUUGCCGGCAUUGCAGAGUGCCGUGACCUACUGGCGGAUAUUAUGGCCUUUGGGGUGCUCCUACCUUGCCCUGAGUGCAAAGAUCAACUUGUGCUUGAUACCUUCGGUUACAAGUGCACAGGUAAUGUAAGCGAAUGGACAAAAUGCAGCUAUGUAACUCAAGACCCACAGCGCAAACCUAUGAAGGUGCCGGCUGCAUUCAAAGACCAAGGUCCGUUCAAAAGGUUCAAGCCCAAGAAAGGCGUGCGCCUUUUCGAGAACGCGCCGCCGCCUCCACAAAUCAUUGUCAAGAAAGAAGAGCCUCAAAAUGAAGUCCAGAAAAACAUUCCAAUCCCACCACUGAAGAACCUCCAAUUCUUCAUAUACGGCAAGCUGAAAACUGACAAGGAACAGCUAAAACACCGCAUCCUUAAGCUGGGCGGGCUUGUAACCAGCAAGCUUACUGACACGCUUGCCGCUGUAGUUUCCACUUUCGAGGAGAUUGAGAAGAUGAAUUGCAAGAUGGCGGAAAUACAGGAUGCUGAUAUUGAGAUUGUGGAGCCCAGCUUUUUCGAUCUAAUCGACCCAGAAAAGGGAUCUAUAGCCAAGACCCUUGAGCUGAUCGUGGAACAUAACGUUGCUCAUUGGGGAUCUGAUCCAGCAAAGCGAGUGCCACAAGAUGUAAUUGAUGGAAAAUCGAUUCAUAAAUCUGGUAGUAUGUAUAAGUCGUCCAAAUCAGCUCCCACCAAACUGAAACUCAAAGGCGGUACAGCUGUAGACCCCGCCAGUGGUCUAGAAGAUGUAGCCCACGUGUACCGCGACGAUAUGGGCACGAAGUACACCGUGGUCCUGGGCAAGACAGACAUCGUAGCCGGGAAGAACUCAUACUACAAGAUGCAAGUGCUUGAAGCGGAUGACAGGAAAAAGUACUGGUUCUUCAAAGCUUGGGGCCGCAUCGGAACGAACAUCGGCUCCAACAAGCUCGAAGACUGCCGCAGCCCGGAAGAAGCCAUGAUGAAGUUUGAGGAGCUUUUCGAGGAGAAAACCCAAAACUACUGGGAUCCAAACAGGAAAAAUAUUAGGAAGGUCCCUGGUGCUUACUAUCCAGUGGAGGUGGACUACGAAGAUGAAGAGAAGAAGGCAGCCCCCCUGGCCACCGAUACAUCGUGCAAGCUCCCCAUGCCUGUUCAGAAGCUAGUCAAGCACAUCUUUGAUAUCUCGAUUAUGAAGAAAACUUUGCUGGAGUUUGAGCUUGACACAGAGAAGAUGCCAUUGGGAAAACUGUCCAAGAAGCAAAUUAAGGCUGGGUACAAGGCGCUGUCCGAACUCCUUGACAUGAUUAAUAAGGGCCAAGCGAGCCAGAGCAAAAUCAUAGACGCUACCAACAGGUUCUUCACUCUGGUGCCGCACAACUUCGGCGUGAACAACCCUCCGCUGCUGGACAACGUAGAGGCCAUUAAGGCCAAGACGGAGAUGCUGGACAACCUACUCGAGAUCGAGAUCGCGUACAGCCUGCUCAAAUCAGACGACGACGAGACCACGAGCCCGAUAGAGUCCCACUACUUGAAGCUGAAGUCAGAGAUCGUCCCCGUGGGCAAGGGAUCGCCCGACUACGAGAUGAUCGCCGCCUAUACCACCAAUACCCACGCUGCUACUCACUCUAACUACACCCUCGAGAUACUGGAGGUAUUCAAAGUGGUCCGUGAGGGCGAAGACAAGCGCUACAAACCGUUCAAGAAACUCCACAACCGCCGCCUGCUGUGGCACGGCUCGCGCGUUACCAACUUCGCUGGCAUCCUGUCUCAGGGUCUGCGUAUCGCGCCGCCGGAGGCGCCGGUAACGGGCUACAUGUUCGGCAAGGGUAUCUACUUCGCCGACAUGGUGUCCAAGUCCGCCAACUACUGCGCCACCAGCAAGGGCAGUCCCCACGGUGUCAUGUUGCUCGCUGAGGUCGCUCUAGGAAAUAUGAAAGAGUGCACCUCCGCAUCGUACAUCGAGAAGCUGCCGGCCGGCACGCACAGCACGUGGGGGCAGGGCCGCACGCAGCCCGACCCCGCCAUGGCCCGCACGCUGGGCUGCGGCACCGUGGUCCCGCUCGGCAAGCCCGUCACCAGGGACAUCAACACUUCGCUGCUCUACAACGAAUUCAUCGUUUACGACGUUGCGCAAGUGAACGUGAAGUACCUGUUGCAGAUGAAGUUCAACUACAAGUAUUAAAGUAUCUGAUAAUCUAUGCUUACAUCACAUACUCACCUAAGUCAUCACGUUACUACUACUACUUACUGAAGGAUCCUGCUUGUGAAUCCUAUUACUACAUUACUUAUAAAGUAAUAAUCCGUUCGUAUCCAAUUUUCGCAGAAACCUACGAACGUCUCAAGCUACUUCAGUCAGUUUCAUUACAAAUAAGGUCAAUAUGGUUAAGUGUGUCACAAGGUGAAGUGUGUCUCGAUGCCACAGACAGACAGACAGACACGUCAAACUUAUACUCGUCGUU